AUGCAGUCCUCACUCCUUGACCAUUGGAAAUAUCUGCCGUUGGACAAGUAUGAUGGAACGACCGAUCCAAAUGAGCACGUGGACGUGUUCCUAACCCAAGUCACUCUCAACACCACAGAUGAUGCGGCACUCUGCCGAAUCUUCCCGACAUCGCUAAAAGGACGUGCGCUGAGCUGGUUAACUCAACUCCCUGCUAACUUGAUCGACUCGUUCAACACGUUAGCCUCCCAGUUCACUAUCCAAUUUGCUACGAGCCGACCCCACCAGUUGACUUCUUUGGCAUUAAUCAGCAUCCGUCAGGAGAAAAAGGAAUCCCUUCGGACGUUUAUGAGCCGGUUCAACAAGGCGGCGCUUGAAAUUCGGGACUUGAAUCCUGCUAUAACCUUACACCAUCUCACCACUGCCUUGAAGCCAGGGCCCUUUGCCAAUAGCAUUUGUAAGAAACCACCCACUGACAUGGAUGAUUUGCGUCGACGAGCCGACAAGUACAUGCAAAUGGAGGAAUUAGCUAAGUUCCGUAACCAGGCUAGGGCGGGGGUGAUGGCUAAAUCUAAAAAGCCGGCUGAGAGUAGUUUUCGGAGUCGUCCGAAAGAACUGGUCCCCCGCGAGAAGCCCCCUCGCGGGCCGAGGUACUCGCAGUACACGCCGCUUAAUACUAGUAGAUCGACCAUACUAGAGCAAGCGCUUGCCUCAGAGGAUAAGAUCGAGGAUUUAAUCAAGCAGGGGCAACUGCAAGGUUUUGUGAACCGACAGAGCUCAUCCCGAUACACCGAUCAGUCCCGCCGACAUGAUCAACCUAAACAAAGAACAGAAUCACGCUCAUACAGCGAACGCAAUCGGUCCAGGGAUCGAAGAGCGGAGGAACCUUCUACACAACCUCGGCAAGUCAUCAACACCAUAGCUGGUGGAUUCGUUGGCGAUGGCUCCUCCUCGUCGGCACAACAGAGGCACUUGCGUGCUGUUCGGCAUGUACACGCAGUAGAAAAAGUCCAUCGCCGUUUACCAAGUAUAACCUUCACUGAGGCCGAUUUCAAAGGCAUCGACCCGGACCAAGACGAUCUGAUGUUAGGCAUCCCCAAAACUGAACUAGUUCCCUACGAUGAGCCUUUGGUGGGAUUCUCGGGCGAGAGAGUUAAGACGAAGGGUUAUAUCAAGCUGUCGACCCGGUUUGGGUUUGAAGGAGCCGAAUACCGAGACAUGUCGGUUAAGUAUGUGGUGGUUCACGCCAACACGUCCUACAACAUUUUGCUCGGUAGGCCAUCCUUGAAUUGGCUCGGUGCAAUCAUCUCCACUCCACACUUAGCUAUGAAGUUCCUAGCCAACUCAGGACGAAUAAUCACUGUCCAUGCCAUUCAAAAAACCGCACGCGAGUGCUACUUUGCUAGCUUGCGGUUACCAACGACGAACAGAGAAAUCCCUAAAGAGCCGAGACGCAUCCACUCGGUGUCACAGCAAUCGGCCAUAGACCUUGACCCCCAGAUCGAUCAGGACGAGAGAGUUGAACCCAUCUAA